CAGUACGGGCAGUGAAGCAAAUUAGGGUUUACAUUUUAUUUAAGCCCCCCUGGCUACGCCUCCUCCAGCUUCAGAUUCAUAAAGGAAGGAGGAGGCAAUUUAGAAUCUCUCGAAGCAGCCAUGGUGAAGUACUCGAAAGAGCCAGACAAUCCCACCAAGUCUUGCAAGGCUAGAGGCUCUGAUCUUCGAGUUCAUUUCAAGAAUACAAGGGAGACGGCGUUUGCAAUUAGAAAAUUGCCGUUGGUCAAGGCUAAGAGAUACUUGGAAGAUGUUAUGGCCCACAAACAGGCUAUUCCCUUUCGGCGCUUCUGUCGUGGUGUGGGACGUACUGCUCAGGCCAAGAACAGACACUCAAAUGGACAGGGACGCUGGCCUCUCAAAUCUGCUAAAUUUAUUCUAGAUUUGCUCAAGAAUGCUGAGAGCAAUGCUGAAGUGAAGGGCUUAGAUGUAGAUUUACUCUACAUCUCUCACAUCCAAGUUAAUCAAGCUCAAAAGCAACGUCGCCGUACAUAUCGGGCACAUGGAAGAAUUAACCCGUAUAUGUCUUCACCAUGUCAUAUUGAGUUAACUCUGUCUGAGAAGGAGGAACCGGUGAAAAAGGAGCCUGAGACCCAGCUGACAACAAGCAAAUCAAAGAAGUCUCAAUCCCUGCGCAGUGGUGCUUCUUCUUAAGUCAUUACCUGUUAAGCACAUUAAGGAGUGUUUUUGUAGCUUUUCAUUGGUGAUUUCCAAUUGAUGCGAGUUUUGUUAUAGAAUGAGUUUUUAUUCAGAAGAAUCUAGACUCGCUUGUUUGUUUCAAGCUAUUUUUUCGUUUAAUGUUCUGUGUGAAAGAUUUUCUAAAUUGGAUCUUGACAUGCCUUUUGGUGUUUGCACUUGUG